AUGGCUGCUUCGCUUUCUGCAAAUCAAGGUUUGCUCGGAACUUCCUUCUAUGGUGGUUGGGGAAGUUCCAUCUCCGGCGAUGAUUACCACACCAUGCUCGCCAAGACACCGCGACAAGCCCGAGUCUCACGGAAAGCCAUCAGAGCACAGCCGAUGAUGAAGAAUGUCAACGAAGGCAAAGGCUUAUUCGCACCUCUCGUCGUUGUCACUCGCAACAUAGUUGGCAAGAAGAGGUUUAAUCAGCUCCGAGGCAAAGCCAUUGCCUUGCACUCUCAGGUGAUCACAGAGUUCUGCAAAUCCAUAGGAGCAGAUGCCAAACAGAGACAAGGACUCAUCAGGCUUGCUAAGAAGAAUGGAGAGAGGCUUGGCUUCCUCGCUUGA